UCGCGAACCAAGUUCACAAUGAGAAAAUGCCAGACGAAGACAAAUUGCCCAUUGAUCAAGACGAAGAGUACAAGUCGAGCGAAGAUGAGGAUUUCAACCCAGAAGCGGUAGACGCACCACAGGAUGAGGACUUGUCCUCGUCCGAAGACGAGGCUCCGCAGGCAAAGAAAGCACCAAAGAAACGAAAGAAGGCUCAGACGGAUGUCGAAGAGCUGGAUUCUGGAGAUGAAGCGACGAUAACAGAAUUAAGAAGGUCGAAGAAGCGCAAGGCACAUGACGAUGAGGACAGCGGCGGCGAAGGAGGACUGAUCAAGACGCGGGCGCAAAGGAAACUAGAGAUGCAAGAGCGUCAGGAAUACCAAAGAGCCAAUGUCGAAGAUGUCACGGUCGAUGUGGACGCCCUCUGGGCUUCGAUGACUGCCAAACCGAUCGGUCGACCAUCACGAGAGCAGCCGAAGCCUGAGCAAGACGCGAUCCAGCAGAACAGCGCACCCGAAAAAGCCGAGGCUCGAACUACGCAAGGUGUUGAAGAUGGCGAAGGCAUGAUCACCAUCAAGCGGUCCUACGACUUUGCCGGUCAAAAAGUCACAGAAGAGAAGCGCGUACACAAGGACUCGGCCGAAGCGAAACUCUUCCUCGCAAACAACGACCCUGCGAAACAAUCUAAGCCACGUUCGCCUUCACCCAAAGACGACCAACCCACCCUCCGUCGACCGUUACGCCGCGCCUCCAAAUUCGAGCCCAAUCCCACCGGCGAGGUUAGAGGCCUACCCCCAGAGCGACAAAGACUACGCACUCCAUCCCGAGCAGACGUGCUGGCACUACAAAACAGACUCGAAGAAGAAGCCAAGAAGGGCAAGGCUGUCAAGCUCAAUACCGUCCAGAAGUCGGCCAUCGAUUGGGCUACCCACGUCGAUCAAGAAGGAUUAAAGGACGAGUUGGACGAGUAUGGUCGAAGCAAGCAAGGCUAUAUUGGGAAAAUGGACUUUUUGCGUGGCGUACAUGGCAAGAAAGAGGAGGAAGAACGCAAGGCUCGCAUGGCCCAAUCUUCUGCAUGAGACAUGAUUAUACAUACUAUACCCAAAAUGACAAGAUUCAGAGUUCGAGUACGAUUGCAAGUUUCAGA